AUGGAUCCAAGCAACAAGAAAGAGAAAGACCAAGUGCAUAUAGUAGAGAAAGUCAAGCGUCCUCAUAGAGAUCUGGACCUUUCUGAUCAGCUAGGUGACGCUCACUUCAAUAUUCUUCCACAAAGGAGAAUUAUUACUAUCUUGUUGAUACUUGCAUUGGCCAAUCUCGUUUCAUUUGCAGAUCAAACUGGUAUAACAGUAGGCUUGUCUGCUAUCGCUUCAGAUUUGAAUUCAGAAAAGACUAUCAAUUGGGCUGGUACAGCUUCCUUGUUAGCAAAUUGUGUUUGCCAAAUUUUGUUCGGACGUCUCUCUGACAUAUUUGGAAGGAAGAAUGUGUUGAUGUGGUGUUUAGCCAUCUUAAUCAUUGGACAGGUUGCAUGUUCAACAGCUCGAAAUGGUCCUGAGUUCUAUGUAUUUAGAGCAUUAGCCGGGAUUGGUAAUGGCGGUGUCUCUUCUCUUGGAAUGGUUAUUUUAAGUGAUAUUGUCUCUUUGAAAGAUAGAGGUAAAUACCAAGGUAUACUUGGUGCCAGUGUUGGAUUAGGAAAUAUUGUUGGACCUUUCGUCAUGUCUGCAUUCGUAAAGCACUAUUCCUGGAGGGGCUUCUAUUAUUUAUUUGCACCCUUAGGCUGCCUUGUUAAUGUUGCAAUUUAUUUUACCAUUGAUGGAAAUACUAAACUUGACGGUGUCUUGUCUAAGAAAGAAAAGUUCAAGAAGAUAGAUUAUUUGGGCAUUAUAAUUGCUUCGAUUGCCUUAACUUGCCUUCUUGUUGCAAUCAGUGGUAGUGGUACUUCAUUUCCUUGGGAUAGUAAGCUCACUAUUACCUUGUUUUGUGUUGGUGGUAUUGCAUUCAUUGUAUUCUUCUUAGUUGAGUGGAAGAUUCCGGAGUUGCCAAUGAUCCCAUUAAGACUAUUCAAGAGCCCUUCUAUGUGCUUGUUGUUUGCUUCCACUUUUUUGUUCGGCGCUACAUACUUCAGUUUGUUGUAUUACUUACCAUACUAUUUCCAGAUUGUCAGGUCUAAAAGCGAAAUACAAACUUCGGUAUUUAUUGUUCCUUUGGUGGCUGCCCAAGCCCUUAUGUCUAUUGUUGGAGGGCAAAUCAUCACUCUUACAGGACAUUAUUUUUUUGUUGUAUGUGGAGGUUACGCACUUUGGUUAACUGGUUGUGGCUUAUUGAUCAUCUGGAAUGAGCACACGAGUGAUGGAGUUCUAGUUGUGGUAAUGUUGAUCAUUGGCACUGGUGUUGGUUUUUCAUUUCAACCUUCAAUGGUAGCCAUCCAAGCCAAUUGUAAGAAGGCUGAAAGGGCGGUGGCAAUCUCUACCAGAAAUGUUUUGCGUUCCUUUGGGGGUGCCAUUGGUAUUGCAUCCGGAUCUACUAUGAUUAGUAACACGUUAUUGAACCAUCUCGCACAAAUUCAAGGUCAAUCAGACUUAACUGAGGCUACGAUCGACUACUUGAAGGACCAUAUAUAUUCGAAGAUAAACCUUGCUGGGGUUUCGGCAUCCGAGAUUACGACAAUUUCACAAUUGUACAUCUCGGCAUUGAGAUACUACUACUAUCUCAUCGUCACCUUCAUGGGAAUAUGCUUGGUGUGCUCCAUUUUCGUUAAGGAUCGGGGCUUACAAUGCACGGACGAACACCCUGUCCGUACGAGAAAGGAUCUUGAGUCAUCUGCAUCCUCGUACACAGUCAAUAGUUAA